AUGUCGAAAAUCGUGCCUCAAACCACUGUGCCGCAAACCAUUUGCGCGGUUUCUCAACCACACACAUGGAUCGAUCUGCUCGCGGAUUUUCCAAAAAUCACCCAUGAAGAAGAUAUAUGUGGAAAAAUUACUCCAAUUGUCCUUAUAUCCGAAGAUGAGAUAAAUUAUGAAGAUCUCGCUACCUAUGAGGAACUAGCCAAGGAUCCAAAAGAAGAAGACUAUUUUUUAGUUUCGUUUUGCAACAAUGACAACAGCACGGAAACAAAGGCUACCUUUGAAAACAAUUAUCUGGAUCACAUGAGCAAUUUGAAAACAAAUUCGACACCUUCCCCACAUACACUCACUACGAUGGCCUGUGCUGUUUCGUCUAGUAUAACUAAAGAAGUAGUAGCAAAGUUCUGCGAGAGAGGCGUGUCCAUGAUCGUCGUGUGGUUCAACGAACUAUCCAACAAAGAGUGCCAGAAAAUGAUUUUCGAAAUCCGCCAAGGCGUUUUCAACUACAGUUUGAAAAUCAAUCGUAUACCCUACUCGUUGGCCAUCGUACUGAAUUUGGAAGGACAAAAAAUAUUCACAGGCAACAUACUUAAAACUCAACCAAAUCAAUCGACGAUAAGAUUAUCGACCAACGAGUAUGUGUACGUCACCAACGACGUCCAGUACAGGGAAAUGUGCUCGCCGGAUCGGAUUUACGUUGGUGCUGAAAAUAUUAUGCGAUUGAAGCAAGGCGACCCUAUAUACCUGGACUACGGCAAGAUCGAAUUGGUCGUACAGAAAGUUGGUGAGGACCGAUUGCACUGUCUGAUCAAACGAGGCGAAGUCCUGGGAUCCAAAAGAGUUGUGCACAUACCGGGAAUACCGAUACCAGCUGUACUUACCGAGGACGACGAGGAACGCGUCCGCACGGCCAUACAACACAAAAUCGACGUAAUACUCAUCCCUGGCGUUAGGGACGCCGCCUUUGUCAACCGAAUAAAAGAUUUCGUCCGCCUCGAAAAAGGCUUGGACAUUGAUUUUUACGCCAAAAUCGACAACAGUAUUGGGCUGGAAAACAUCGACGAAAUUUUGCCAAUCGUUGACGGAGUGUUCCUCGACUUACCUAGUCUAUCUAUGGAAAUAGGCCACGACAAGAUAUUCAUUGCUCAGAAGAUUAUUUUGUCUAAAUGCAACAUAGUGGGCAAGCCGACCAUCACUCACGGUUCGUUUUUGUCUUCGAUGGAGAACAUGUCGAUCCCCUCGAGCUCCGAAGUCAACGACGUCAUCAACACCGUACUCGACGUGACCGACGCCAUUUACUUAGACGUCACAGUGCGCAGUAGCUUUCAAGUGCACUGUAUUGAAUAUCUGUCUCACGUGUGCCGUCGAGCAGAAUCCGCCAUUUGGGAACAACAGCUGUUCAACGAGUUAAAUCACAAGUCCAAACCGAAAGUCGACCCCGCUCACGCGUUCAGUAUCGGCUGUGUCGAGGUGUCGCUGAAAUGCUACGCAAAAGCAAUUGUAGUCAUCUCCACUUCCGGCCUGUCAGCUCGGACUAUUGCCAGAUACCGUCCGCGGUGUCCGAUAAUAGCGAUCAUCAAACAGGGAAAAGCCGCUAGAAAGUUAUCAGUAUGGCGCAAUCUAAUUACGGUUCACUUCUUGACGGCACAGGAAAUGGAAUGGUCAAAAGAUAUCGAAGCCCGCACAAAGUUUGCAAUGAGUUUGGGUAAAACCAAAGGAAUAUUGAAAAAUGGUGAUUUAGUAAUACAAAUGUGUGGAAAUAAACAAGGUGUUGGUUUUACAAAUACUAUGAGGCUGUUGCAUGUGAAUUCAAAUGAUGUCUACGAAUAG